UGGCGGAGUCGGAGGCGGACUUGACGACGGUUUCGCUAGGUGCGGGAGGCGUUUCUCUGGGGGAUGGCGAGAAUCUACUCGGACCUCGCUGCUGUGGAGGAGCAGGAAUCCGCCCUUACCAAGGACGUCGACCUCUUCAACAAGCUGCAACAAGAUUUGAAGGAAUCCCCGGCCUAUAAGGCGAUGAUGGAGUACGGCCAGUCGAGCGGUAUGGUAAACGUGGACGGGACGAUGAUGCCGGAUCCCACCAAACACCCGGAGCUGGAAGCCAUGGCGUCCAUGUCGGUGAAGGACAUGCUGGCGGAGUUCAAGAUGGAGGACAAGCGUAACGAGAAGCAAGGCGGCGGUGGCCGCGGCGCUGGCUCCGUCGGGGGUGACAACGGUUUCAGCCCCGUAUUUUCGGCGGCAGCGGGGACUGGGGGACGGUUAAGGGGCGGGGCCGGCGCUGGGGGAGUGGGAAAGGCGGGUGAUGCGGCGGCCCCGCAAAAAAACAAGAAGGGGAAGAAGGGAAAGAAAGAUAGGAGACGGUAGUACAGCCGGUGUGUGGGUGACGCCCAUGGUCGUGGCGAUGCCCGUUGUGUGUGGGUUUUGGUACCGGUACGUUUAUUCCGAUAAGGGGGGCAUCAUGACUCUUAGGUUUGUGUCCGGCUUUUUCAUGUGUGAGGACAUCGUAAACUCGGGGUUGUGUCCAGCAUUUUUAUGUGUGUUGUGUGGUGGUGGUAGUCUGCACUUUCGCGGACGGGGGGCGCCGCCAAGGGGAAGAGGGUCGUUCAUGGUUGCAUGUUGUUCAUUUCGUGGUUGGUGUCCUGCUUUUCUACGCGUGAGUUCUCGACUUCUCCCCGCACACUCUCUUAUGUUUUUUUUCCGGCGAGUUAACUUGUGUAGUAGGUGUGUACUACUGUGGAUGACGGGAGGGAGGGUGGCGCAUUGGUCAUCACGACUCAUGACGCUCGAGUCAUUGGCUGUUAGCUCUUUUGUGUCCGUACGAAGGCGUCGCGGAAGACUUCUGUUGGUUCUUCGUGCUCGGCGACGUAGCCGCUACAGGAUUGGAGUGCGCCCGGUCCAAGGCGGAUCUUGGCACCGGGCCGCCACAUCGCCCGGUGUAUGGAUGGCAUGCUUCGAGCUUCGGAGCUGAGCGGGCUGUUUUCGCGCGUGGGUUUGUGCAAGUCUUGUCGCUCGUGCCCGUUUUGCGGUUCUACCAAGUUCUGGGGAAGCUGUAGCGGUGUGGCUAUUAGUCAGCGGGUUGAUAAACGCGAUCUACUGCACUCGUGCUUUUUCACCGUACAUCCACGCAGCAAUGUUGACACCAAAGGUAGCUCUUUUCGUUGGCUAGGAGAACCUGGCUAGGUGUGUUUGUUUUUGCCUGUAGAGGGGGCGCUGUAGGUAUGGAGUCGUGUGUACGCGGGGAGGGUAAGGUAGAGCGGACAGCUCCCGGCAGUGCGUAUUUUCACAAGCACACAGCAGUUGUGUAGCUCGAUUUCGUAGGAACAGCGAUUGCACGGUUAAACGCGUUUGUUGCCUGUAUGACGUACGGAAUCUACGUGUUUCCAUUUAAUGUCGCACGUGUAGUUGUUGAGUUUCGGUAGAGGGCACUACUAUUUAGGUGCAUUCUCCCUGCGCUCGCUGUGUCAUUUUUGGGAGAUGACGGCUUCAGAUCACCUACAGCGAUAAGGGUGGGAAUCGCUGCGCUGCUGUCGAUAGCGUCAUGUGGGUCUAUUUAUAUGAUAGCUAAUUUCGAACCGGAACCUUGCGAUGAUCUUCGUUGCCCUCGCCUGCCAUGAUGUCGGGUACAGGGGACGA